AACCAUCAUGAUUGUAAUAUUAAAAAGAUACUAAUGAAAAACACUUGGCCUAAUAACUGCAAGGCUAACUUGAAACAGCAAUUACUACAGGUUGAAUGAAGCUAACUUUGUUCGAGUGAAUGUUUCAUGCAGUUUGGUUUACAAGAUAUUGUUACUGCUUCUUUGAUUUUUAUUUUUUUGUAAGCAUAGGGGCCUUGCACUUUAAUUUAUUCUAUUUCAUCGUGGAGCCAACCACCUACACAGUUUUUUCUGAUGUUAUUUCUACUGUUUUCUAUACUUUUAAAGGGUGUUAGCUGGGUGUUUACUCAGGACCUAUUUUCUAGUACUACAUAUGAUAACACUUGAGGGUAGCUAAUUGCAGCUUUUACUCAACUUUUACCUGCUGUUUUGAGGCAUAUGUUAUCAAGUUUGAAGCCUUGGUGAAUCCCUACGCCUCGUUCCUGGGUCACCUUAUGUGACUAAUGGGGAAGACUGGAGAAGACUUAUGUUCCCAUCUGAACUAGGGAUUGUUUUUCCUUUUAUUUCUUUGGAGUUUUGUUAACGUGUGUGUGUGUGUCUCCUGUGGUCCUGGCAUCAGUACAAGCUCCAACUUUGGACCACAAGUUCCUGUCAAAGUUUUUUCUCUGAUACUCCUACGCUUGCUGAUCACCAUAUUAUUAUUGGAGGAGAUUUCAAUCAGGUUCAAGACACAGUACUCUGUGUGUAUUGCUUGUUUUACUUAAAGCAAUAAAAUCCUUACAAAGUAACAUGUUGCCAGGGCCUUAUAGCUAUACCUGUGAACUUUUUAAAACUUAUUCUUCAGUUCUUGCCGCAAUUUCAGUCUUAUUUAAUGAUGCCUUUAUUUAGGAACAGCUACCCCCAACUUUAUUAGAGACCUCAAUUACUUUACCUUUUAAAAAUGAUAAAGAUCCGCUUGUGUUUCGUAGUUAUAGACCCAUUUCUUGAUUGAAUGUUGACUCUAAAGUACUUCCCAAAGUCCUGGUGGGGCACCCCCAGAGAGUUAUGCUAGUUAUAAAUAAGGAAAGAAUAAAAUUAUUCUGUAAGACACGAUUGUUUGCAGGAUCAUUUUCAAGUUCAUGUAUUAGCCACAAACACUGUCUCUUGAAUUUUGACAGUCCCAGUAUGGUCAUUUCUGCCCACAGAAAACCAGCAGCAGCUCAAAACAAAGAACCCGAGGCUUCAAGUCAGCUGACACACCUUGUAUAGUGUCAUGGUGGCUUCAUCUAUUAUCUAUGCACCUAUUUAGAGGACCCUAUAGAAAGCAUAUGGAAUAAUGAAGGACAACCCACCAUGAAGUAAAGCCCCAUAACAGGAGGGAAAAAUGUCAAAGUUGAUGGAAAAGGAGGGAGACAAAGUGUAAAAGGAAACAAAGACCACAUGGACAAAAGAAGAACAGGGGCCAGCAGAGAGAGACACCUGAUCUUGUGGCUGGAGGAAAUUGAUCUUCGAUUUCUAUGAGAACAAGGAUUCCUCUUUGGGGGUUGGGUAGAAAGGUGGCAGGCUAAGUGGAACAAACUUCAGAUCCCUCUGUUACCACAUGAAAUAAUAUAACAUCACAUAGUUUAAAACAUUAAUCUGGAUUCCACUGAAGCCCAUGAAUAUUUUUCUAACUGUGUCAACUGAGUAAGUUUGUAAAAUAUUUAGAACCUACCUGAACCUUUGUUUUAUAAAAAUAGAGAAAUAAUUCACAGCUAAUCAAUAAUAUUGAAAAACACUCUUCUUAACUGUAAUUCAUAAUAUAUUUAUAUAUAUAUUGAGAGACGACUUACAACCUUAACUCGACCGUUUCGCGCGCCUUGUAUUCUUGUUAUUCCCACAUCUGUACAGCAGAUGGCGCUGUGGUUAUUUUAAUCGCUGUGAGUUUGUAGAAGAAGACUGAUAUUUCCUGCAGCUGAUUACCCAAACAAGCAUGGCGGACCAAGGAGCAAAAGCACCCGAGAAAGCGACUUUAACAGCGGCAGAGAAACAGCUCAUCCGCCGCCGACAGGAGCUCGAUUACUGGAAGCAAAACGCAGCGCGGAUCCGCAGGCGGAACCUGAUCACUGGUCUGGCUAUCGGAGCGUUUGUGGUCGGCAUGUGUAUCCUUCAUCAUUCAUCCUAAAGGUGUAUUCAGCUGUUUUCAUAGCAUGAGUGAUGACCUUGAUUUAUGCGAUCAAAUAAUGAAAUGAAUUGGUAAGUUGAACUAGAAGAGUCAAGAGAGCCUCGGAAUGUCAACCUCCAUGAUCUGUAAACGUAAGAUACUGAAAAAUGUUACAGUCUGAAAAAAACACCAUCAGUUUAAAAACUACAUGUAGGGGAGAGUGGGGUAGGUUGAGCCAAAGGGUAAGUUGAGCCACCCCCUGUUGCUUGGAAAUGGUACAAGAAUGUACCAUUGGUCAACUUACCCCAUACACGGGGUAAGUUGACCAUAGGAGACCACUUUUUUGGCAUGCUUUAUUAUCAAGACAGUUAUAUUUAGACUCAUUCUGUUGGUUUGCAGGGAUGCGCAACGUCUUGAAAUUAGGGAUGCACCGAUCCCAUGUUUGAUAUUGGUAUCGGUCCCGAUACUGAGGAAAAUUCUAGAUCGGGUAUCGUGACAAUUGGCCCUAUGCAUAAGGCCGAUGUAUUCAGUCUAGCUGUCUGCUAUGCGCCGUGAGUGGCAUCCACAAGUAAACAUGCUGAGUGGAUGCCCACAUUGUUUUCAAAAUGGAGCAAGCAAGGGGGUCUGCUAUCUUGAACUUAAUCACAGUACCUCAGCCUACAAGCUCGACGGCCACUUGCAAUACAUGCGGAGUAAACAUUUGGAGGGGUAGUGGUGAAACUUCAGGUUGCAACAAAAGGUAAUUCAGUGUGGCUUUUCUGUAUCAGAAUUGGAUUGGUAUCAGUUGAUACUAAACUGUAGAUAUCUGUAUCGGUAUCAGAGGUGAAAUAACGGUAUCAUUGCAUCCCUACUUGAAAUGUAUGCAGAUACACUAGUUAGAGACAAAACCAUGAUUGCCUUGAUGUAGUGAUCCGAAAUAGGAAAAAUGGCUCAUCUUAUCCCACUCUCCCCUAUAGUGUGGCAUGCGCCUCAACAAUUCAAAUGGGCACUUCUGUUUUUAGCCAAUGGUAGUUUUAAACAGUAUUGAUGUGCACUAUACAGUAAGAAAGAUAUGAGUUUGUUAAACUCAGAAAGCAAAAACAUUUCAUUAGAAAACAGCAAACAGAACAUGAUUUUAAAAUGUCAGACAUGAGUGUUAAUAAGGUAAGGUAAGUUAAAAUGAUAAUACAGUUUGAGUUAACUCAAGAGAGCCUUGACCAAUACUGGUGGUAUCGCAGCUGAUGACAGUCAUAACUCAUAAAAUACAGAAAAAUUCAGACUCAUAGAAAUAUGGACUCAUGGGCAUAGAAAUAGUCCCACAGUUUAAGAACAAGGUUUCUGUGCAACAGCAGGAUCUUCCAGCGUAAAAUUAAUUCAGGGUCAAACACACUGCAGCACCAAGUUAGACACCCCCUCGAGAGAGGAAUGUUGCCGACCGCUUGCUUCUCUAGUUAUACCAACUUCAGCAACAACCGCACGAUUGCAAUACACAGCAGUCUGAGGAGCCAUAAACAAACCUCAACCAAAAAGCCACUAUAUAGCCACAAAUAAUGCUCAGAACAGCACCUAACUUCAUCAACAGUACAGGAUCCGAGCCACAGCACUAACCACCAAACAUCUUUUGAACUUUGCCCAAUUUCUUUAGCAAAGACAUUAAACACAGCUCACCUACUCUCCUCCUGCAGCUGCUUGUUUGUAUUGAGACCUCAGGCCAGUCCAUUACGGACCAUUAUUUGUGGCUAUAGAGUGGCGUUUUGGUUGAGGUUUGUUUAUGGCUCCUCAGACCUUUGUGUAUUGCUAUUGUGCGGUUGUCACUCAAGUUGGUAUAACUAGAGAAGCAAGCGGUCGGCAACAGUCAUCUCUUGAGGGGGUGUCUAACCCCCUUGACUUUUCUUUCAGUAAAGCACCCUCAGUGUGUUUGACCCUAAUAUCCCUUUAAAGUCCAUAAUAUCAUCAAAAGAUUUAGAGAAUCUGUAGAAAUCUCAACACAGAAGCAGCAAGGCCCAAAGCCAAUAUUAGGCAGCACUGCAUAAAAAACCCACAUCAUUCUGUAAAGGGUAUUUCCAAGUGGGCUCAGGAGCACUGAAAAUGAGUAGAAAUUGUUAAUAUCCAUACCAUCCCAAAGCAGUCGAAUAGUGUUCUGAAAGAAAAGUCGAUACACUCAGUAUCACUCUGGAGUUUUCUUUAACCUUGCUUUUCAGUUAGCUACACCAUCCUCUCAGUCAAACAGGAGAGAAUUAUGGAUGAGCUGGAUGAUGAAGCCAAGAUCCACAUCAUCAGGGGGCCACGGACCGGUGCCAACUCCUGAUGUCACCUACUGUGAACUUUCCUAAACUUUUGGACAGUGUGCGGAAAAGAUGCGACUGAAAAAAACAGAAGUUAUCCUGUGUGACAUGUCAAGUAUCACGUCUGUUGAACACCUGCCUCUCGAAAAAAUGUCCCAGAUUGUUAUUUCAUUGCUCUAUAUUUACUGAAGUGUUCAAAAUCUAAAGUUUAAAUUGUUCAAAUCACAAAUAAUGUGAUAUGUUGUAUGCCAUAAUCUGAUUGAUUGUUUGGGCUGAUAAAGUAAGAAAAGCCUUUCUGCAGAAUUCAAAUGAAUCACUAUUCUAUGACACAAUACUAUUGUGGAGUUUUAUAACUUACAUGGCUAAACUUUUCAGGAUAACUAGUUUACUGCUAUCAGACUGGAUGCUUAAGAAUAUUCAGUUAAAUUGUUACUCAGUAGAAAUGGCCAUAAAUUCAGGAAAACUUAGUCCAGUGAAAUUAACAGCUAGUAUCUUGUGCAAAGAGGAAGCCAGGUGAACAGAUUUAAAUGUGUAAAUAAAAAGCAGCACUUUGCAUUGUGUAACCUA